GAAAGAAAGACUGUCAAGCUUGCUAAAAAAAUUACAGAGCAGCCUUCUCACGAUGCAACUAAAUGACAGCAAUGCAAGCCAGCCUUGUGAUGUUUUCAUCUUCAAGGAGUCUGCACAGAUCCUCUUUCCCAUUUUCUACACCCUGGUUCUUAUCAUCAGCGUUGCAGGUAACAGCCUGGUCCUGUGCAUCAUCUGCCAGAAUAAACAGAAGAUAAACUCAACAACAAUCUAUCUGAUCAACCUAGCCAUAUCUGACACACUCUUCACCAUGGCUCUGCCCGGCAGGAUCACUUACUACAUCCGUAGCUUUGACUGGCCUUUUGGGGAUUUCUUGUGCAGGCUGACCGCAAUGAUCUUCUACAGCAAUACGUAUGCUGGCAUUGCCUUCAUGACUUGUAUCAGUGUGGAUCGCUACUUGGCCAUGUUGCACCGUCAACGAUGUCAAAGACUAAGGAAAACCAGGGUGGUUCAAGGUAUCUGUGCUCUGGUAUGGGUGGUGGUUCUCCUUGAGACAUCCCCACUGCUAUUCAAGAGCACGAUGGGAGAAAAAGACAGUCAUAAAACAUGCAUGGAGUUCUCCAAUUUUGAUGGACAAAAGAUGGCAUAUGGUCUUCUAUUUGCUUGUGUCAUUGGGUUUUGUGUGCCUUUGGGACUUAUCCUUUGCUGCUACUGCCAGGUCAAUUCCAAACUCUCCAGAGCGGCCAAGGAGAACCCGAUGACCAACAGGUCAGGAAGUAACAGCAGGGCCAAAAACAUGAUCCUACUCAUUCUGCUGAGCUUCGUGGUGUGCUUUAGCCCCUAUCACAUAAAUAUCAUGCAGUUUUUAGUAAGAAGGCUGUUCUAUGAGCCCUCUUGUGAGGAUUUAAAGACUUUAAAAAUGUCCCUGCAGGUAACUGUUGCCAUGAUGAACUUUAACUGCUGCCUUGAUCCUGUUAUUUAUUUCUUUGCCAUCAAAACGUAUAAGAAGAGGGUGAUGAGUCUUUUUAAGAGCUACAUUUCUACUUCAGCUUCCUCAAAGAGCAUGCAGGAGAACAGCAGCAGUAACACUUGAGAACCAAUUGUACUCAAAUGAAUAAAACCCUUAUGGUGCAAAAUGCUGAGGUUACACAUUUGUGAAGAUGAGCUUGGAUUGUUGCUGUUGGCUGCAGAGACUAGAGAUCAAAAUACUUUCUUUUUUUUUCCCAAAGCAAAUUUAAAUAUCUCACUGUUAAUGGUCUUUAAUCUUAUGCUAUUUUAUUUGUUGUGGAUUUUUGGCCACAUAUUUUUGUGCAGAAUUUAUCAGGAUCACUGAUGACAUUGUGACUUUUAGUUUGUUCAGUAUAGGAGCAUAUGAAUAUGUAUUACUUAUAACUUUUUGUGACUCAUACACAUGUGUAAUUGACCACUGUUCCU